GCAGCAGCAGCAGCUCCAGCUCCAGCUCCAGCUCCGCCUCCGACGCAGAAGGCGAAGCCUGGGAGGAGACGGACUGGUCCGAGUGCACAUGUUUGCAGCAGUGCACCGACGGCGUCAGGACGAGGACGGUGACAUGCCCGAUGGACGACGUGUCUCAGUGCCAGGAGAAGCCGGCCACUAUGGAGGCGUGCACCUGCGACCACUGCGCCAAGUGUAUUGGCCAGAAUCUGCUCCUGACGUUUAACGCCAUCGCCUACUAUCUGGCUGCGCCGGCGCUGCCGCGCGUCGAGUCACAGCGUGCCGUGCGGAGUCCUCGGGAGGGGGUGGUCGAUGCAUGCAGCGCUUUGUGGCGUGAGGGCGUGGGGCUCGCAGAUGACUCGCAGAAGUCCUGCCAGACAUUGCCUGGCAUCGCGCCCGCUUCUGACGCUCCGAGGGCCGUCGCAGAUAUCGACAAGCUCGUGGCUCUGCUGAUCUCAGUCGUGCUGGUCUUGUUGGUGAGGCUGAUGCUGAGGCUGAUCGCACUGGUAUUGGUGGUAGCGCUGGUGCUGGCCGCAGUCGUCCAGCGCUCGUGA